CGCACACAGAGAUAGAGACCAAAGCGCGGAGCGGCUCCUGCUCGCCUCGCUUUAAACCCGGACUUCCGGGUCAGCGGCGCCUGGCCGGCCACGUGCGUUUCUUUCUGCCGGGCUGCAGCGGUCGCGGGAGUCGCAGGGCGCAUGGCCGAGCCGAGCGAGCCGGAGCGCGCCCUCCGCCGCCGCCUGCCCCGCCGCCUGCCCCGCCGCCGCGGCGACGUCUACGUGAACAUGCGGACCGACUUCAGGGCGCAGCUGGGCCGCUGCCAGAAGCUGCUGGCGCCCGGCGGGGGCUGCGCCGAGCUGUGCAUCCACGGGCUGGGCCUGGCCAUCCCGCGGGCCAUCAACAUCGCCCUGCAGCUGGAGGCGGCCGGCGGCGGCGCCCUCCGCCUGGCCGCCAACACCUCCACCGUCCAGCUGGCCGACGGCGCCGAGCCCGAGGGCGACCGCGAGGAGCCGCUGACCCGCGCCCGCCACAACUCCGCCAUCCACAUCCGCGUCCUGCGCGCCGCCCCGGAGUAGCCGCCGGAGGAAGAGGAGGAGCGCCUGGGGACCCCCCACCCCACCCCGAGCCAGGAGGGUCCCCUUGGAAAAAGACUUGGGGAGGCGGUGCCCUCUUUGUGUCCCCCCACCCUGGAAUUAAAACCGGGGUCUGCCAAUAAAGGAGAAUAUUGAAACGCG